UUAAUGUAAUUUUCGAGAAUUUCUGUUUGAGUUUUCUGAGGAAAAAAGAAUAAAAUUCUUCUGUAAAUGUUUAAUAUUUAAAAAAGUGUUUUGGGUUUAAUUUAGUAUAAUUGUAGCAUCUUAAUCUAAAAUCACAGAAGCCUCCAUAAAGCGCGAUCCGCUUUCUCAAUGGCUUGUGAGUGAGUGAGAGAGUGUGUGAAAGAGAGAGAGAGAGAGAGAUCUAAAAAUCCUCAAUUGUUACAAUUUUGGAGUUAAAUACUGAAUCUUUGGACUAGUUUGAAUAGAUUUAGGGCUUAAAGUUUCGAACUUUUUCCCUUGGAUAUGGUACAAAAUCUUCUAGUUAGUUAAAAAAACACUGAAUUGUCCCCUCUCUGGCGUUUGUUGUUUAGAUUUAGGGCUUAAAAGUUUCAAACUUCAAUGGAAACUAGGGUUUUGUGGUUUUGGUUAAUGUUCUGCUAAGUGCUAACAGCUCUCCCCUGUUUUUGUUAUUGGGAAAAAAGUGAGAGGGAAAUGGCAGGGAGUGGAGAUUCACCAAUGCAGUUCACUAUGGGUCUUCAUCAGCAGCAGCAACACAGCCAAGCUCCCCCGCAGCAGUCUCAGAACAUGCAAUUGUCAUUCGGGGACGACGAUGGAAAUGCUCUGUACAAGCAGCCGAUGAGGUCAGCAUCACCACCGCAGCAGUACCAACAACCAGGUGAGAAUCCUGUCCUGACCAUGAACAUGAACAUGAACAUGCCCGGAGGUGAGCCUGGAGUCAUGGCCGGAAGUGAGCCAGUGAAGAAGAGGAGAGGUAGGCCGAGGAAGUAUGGACCUGAGAGUGGUGAAAUGUCACUUGGUUUGGUUCCCGGAGCUCCUUCUUUCACGGUGAGCCAGCCUAGCAACAGCAGCGGCGGCGGAGGAGAGAAGAAGAUGAGAGGAAGACCUCCUGGCUCUGGCAAUAAGCACAAGCUUCAAGCUUUGGGCUCCACAGGAAUGGGAUUUACGCCUCAUGUACUUACCGUGAGGACUGGAGAGGAUGUAUCAUCAAAGAUAAUGGCGUUAACUCAGAACGGGCCACGUGCUGUGUGUGUCUUGUCUGCAAAUGGAGCCAUCUCCAAUGUGACUCUUCGCCAGUCUGCUACAUCUGGUGGAACCGUUACAUAUGAGGGGAGAUUUGAGAUUCUGUCUAUAUCGGGAUCGUUCCAUUUGCUGGAGAACAAUGGCCACAGAAGCAGGACCGGAGGUCUAAGCGUGUCCUUAUCAAGUACGGAUGGUAAUGUCCUAGGUGGUUGUGUUGCUGGUCUUCUUAUUGCAGCAUCACCUGUUCAGAUUGUUGUUGGGAGUUUUAUCCCAGACGGACAAAAAGAAUCGAGACAACAUGUGGGACAAAUAAAUCUAUCGCCACCCACAUUACCGCGUGAAGCUCCAACGCAGGUGCUGAUGACUCCGAGUAGCCCGCAAUCUCGAGGCGCAAUGAGUGAGUCAUCUUGUGGAGGAGGACAUGCAAGCCCUAUUCAUCAGAGCACAGGAGGACCGUACAAUAGCACCAACCUUCCCAUGUCCUGGAAGUAGCCAAGUGUCUCGAUCUGUCUUAAAUCAACAACUUCCUAUUAUUGAAAUGAUGAAUUGAAAUGAUGAUGAUUGCUAUCUCUUUAGGUUUUCUAAUUGUCUGUUCAGACAAGUGUGAUAACUUGCCUAUUCUGUGUUUCGAUGUACUUUCAGAACCAUUAAGUUGUUCAGAGAUUAGAAUAUCCUGAUUAAUGUAGAUCUUUUAUUUUGUGUU